AUGCCUGCACGCGAUCUCGCAGAAGAUCUUGCCAAGGCGAUCUUUAAACGGCUUCCUGGAAAAAUUGCUAAAUCCCAAAAUGUCGAGUUUUUGGCUGAGAAUUAUCUCUCCAAAGAACCAUCUCCUGGUUUAGAUCCUGAAAUUUCUAGAGAGGUGCGGCUAGAAACCAUUUUUGAUCGCUAUAUUAGAGAUUUGGAUAUCUAUCUCCCAAAAUAUUUGGAUGAACUCCUCGAUGAAGAGGUUAAAAGGAUACCAGUACUUCCUGAAGGAGUGGAGGUAGAAGAGGACGAAGAGGACGAAAAGCAAGAGAGGAGCGAGAAUGCUGAUUUAGAAUUGGCACCUGUACUUCAUGAGAAAGACAGCGAGUUCAACUCCCAACCUAUUCUACAUACUACGAAUAAUCCGGGGAGCUUUUCGAGCCCGGGUACCCCUACAACUAGCCCAGCACCACCCGGAACAUUAGAUUCCCUUACAAAUCAUACUCCCGCCGGAGACUUCCUCACAUCUUCGAAUAAGAGUAGACCACAGAACAACCAAACCACCCCUGGGUUAACGAAGGAAACCUCAGAACAGAAUUCUACACCCGGCGGCUCGGGAAAUUUCAAUCAGGCUUCAGACACCGAGUUUAGUGACUCAGAUAGCGCUUUCUCUUCACGACCCAGUUCUGCGGGAACCUCUGCAACAAGUCUAUUUGACCCCUUUGAUUCAAUCCUUGAUGCUUUGCCAAAAACAAUUGAGGGGUCGCCAAACCAGAAUGACCAAUCUGGUUCCACAGACCAGCCUCUUCUAUUCCAGACUACAAGUCCGGUAGAACUCCCAAGCACGAAAUUUGGCGCCGACUCGCAGUUAGUGGGGCAGGCUCCUCAACUGACUUCGAAUACAGACCUGAUUGAUCCCGUCAACAUCAUAAACCAAAAUGAAGUUCACACGCCUGUCAACUCUGUGGCUGGUCCAUCAGAAGCAAAGAGUUUUCCUGGGAGUUCGAAUCCAGACCAUGAGAAUGAGAUUGCAAAAAAUGAUUUGAAUCAGCAUAGGCCUGAAGAUAAUCCCAUCAAUGAGGAAUCUUCUUCCCCAGUUCCUCUACCAGAAAUCGGAUCUCCAUUCGAUCAGCUUAGUAGAAGCACUACUAAUACUACAAGCACUCUAUCUCGUCUUGGGAACACUCAAGUUCCUGGGUCGACACCUGAAAAUUACAAACCAAGGGGUCAAUCAGAGAUCCUGAAUUCUAAAACCACGCCAAUUGGGGGGGCCUCCGCUCCGACAAGCCUAGCACCAGAGCGACCUUCCCUACAGCCACAAAUUUCUGGGUCAGAUAGCCCAAAUGAUAGCUCAGAUAAUAAUUAUCAGCGAGACCCAACUUCGACAGAAGUAAAAUCAACUCAGCCUAAGGUCUUAGGUAGCCCAGACCAAUCUCUUCCCAAAGAGCAACCCGAGACCAUUUUCUCCCCAGCACUCCCAACCCCGGAGAUGGUGUUCGAUAAACCAGGGCUCUGUUCUCCACUAUCUGAAUCGAGUGCUGAGCCAGAUGAUGAUGAUGAUAGAACCCUCAGUCCCAGUUCGAAGACACAGAUCUCUAGAGCCCAGACACCCAUUCCUAUCGGAAAAGCAACAGGUUUGGGCCUGUUAACUCAAGACUCUACGGAACUUCAAACACAGCAAGACCCAGUUUAUAUUGUCGGGUCAGACCAAGAGCCUCUUUUCACGCCACCCUACUAUCAGGAUGCUCAGGUAUCUUCACCCCAAUUCUUAGAUAACCCACCAUUGGUGGUGCCUCUAGGAGAAGAGAGGGUGCUCCCAGCUGCAAUUCAAACAUCCGAGGAAGCAGGCUCGACAUUAAACUCGGAAUGUAAUAAACCGACGGGAGGUCUCGGCGUCAAAGACUUGUUGAACAUUAGUCCUACAAAGUCCCUUGAAACCCCCCAACUACCCUCGAUUCACAAUAUUACUGCGGGAGGUACAAACCAAGAAAGUUUAGAUAGGGAAGGGGAAGGUAGCCUUUCAAGUAAGGAACUUAGAACAGCGGCAUCGCCUUUGAAUCCAUCAAACCUCGAACCCUCGCAACCAAAAACACCAAGUCAAAAACAAGUCAAAGGACUAUCAGCGUUAGCAGAAACCAUGCUCGGAAAAACUCUAGUUCCUGCUAAAGCUCAGGUUGAAGGACUGAAGUCCGCUCUACCCACUGCGCCGGUCCCUGAACUCCAAAACUUUCCUACAUCAGAUCCGGAAGCAGAAACACCAUCGGUGACUACUGUUUCUCCAAGCCCAGGGGUUUCAGCUGACUUUGAUACCAACGAUGAAAGCCCAAAUAAUAAAGAUUUGUCCUCCGGGCUACUAGGCAAAAUUUCUCUCAGCAAUAUUCUACCCGAUUGGCGUUUAAAAACUCCUAUUCUACCGAAUAUUCUACCCCAAAUGCCAACGGUCUCUUUGUCUUGGAUAGCUCCUGUAUCACUUACUUCGAGGUCCGAUCUCACGGUCAAGAAGAGUUUGGUAACAGACGAACAUACAGCUAUUUUAGAUGGUUUGAAAGGAAAUCAAGUUGGCUUGGGCGUCCUCCAAGGAGAAAAUUCAGAUAGUGAAAAUAGUACCGACGAACUUUAUGAAGACACCAUCUUCAUUCUACCUCCAACUCCAGGCGGCUUUCCACCCAUGGAGGAACUUUCCGAGGAACCAGUCACAGAAAUCCUGGAAAUGACAACCUCAGAACCAGAUAAUCAUCCAGAUGCAUCGUCAACCGAACCCCCUCCAAGCGAUCUAUGGGAUCAAGUAAUAUCUUUGCUGAACACAAUAAUACUUCAAGCAUGGAUACCCUACUUCGAGUUUGUCAGCUACUUGACGUUUUCGUUCAAAGCUCUUAACGACAGCCACACAGAGUUUCCAAUAUUCAAUUCCCUUAUUUUAGACUCCUGGACUCCUGGACUAGAGCUGCUUCAUUGUAUAAUAUCUUUACCACAUUUGUUGCCGGAGCACAUCGUUCCAGAAUCAGACCGCUUCACUCAACCUUCUAUCGAAUUCUGGAUUCCAGUUUUAGAGGCUGUGGACCAUAUUUUGGCAGCCCUAACACGAGUUCCCUAUCACCUUCUUUUCUCUUUAUCAACCUACAAGUCACUCGCUUCUCUCAUACUCGAGCUCUCGUUUACUAUCGGAAAUUUACGAUACUCUUCUCUACCGCCUGAGUUUGUUGCUCAGUUGACGGAAAUCCUGCCCUCCUUUCCGAUUACAUCUUGGCUUAAACUUUAUGAAGAGGCAUUUUCGUCCCUUUUCCAAAAGACGGCAACGAAAGACUCUCCUGAAGAAAACUCCCUGGACCCUCUUCCAUCUUCUUCAUCUCCCUCGUGCCCCCACGAAUCCUUUUCGGUCUGCACCUGCCAAGUUGUCAAGUCAUUUUCACCCCAAACAAAUUCCGAGUUUAACUUUUACAUCGGGUUUCGGUUCAAUCCUCAGCUCUUGCAGAAGGCUGGAUGUGCCAAUAUACAAUGCUCCUAUUCCCAUUUAUAUCUCUACUUGAUCCUUCUUACAUGGGUCACUGAGCCAGCCUACAUUGGUUCCCUUUAUCUGUUCUUCAUUUAUCUUACUCGUCUUUGA